AUGGUGCUGAAAAAAUAUGUGUACGUUUUGUGCGUUGUUUCUGUGACUGGCCUCAAGGUUAUGUUUGAAAAUUUUGUGCAACACAACGGCUAUGAUUAUGCUAUUUUUGAUAUACGCGUGCGAAAAUUCAAUCGUACAAUAACGACACUGAACGGAACGGUCACCCUACCCAUAUGGCUCGACAACAACACAACGUUUUCGUUAGACUUAUUUCACAGCCGGCUCGGAAACCAGCAGUUCAAUCACUAUCCAAUGAAACUGCCUUCGUGCGGUACGUGUGACUUCUUGGACAACGUACAAUCCAGCUAUGGGGAUCAUCUAGGAUCGUUGAGCAAUUUACCCGCGAUAGGCGAGUGUCCAUUUUCGCCACGAGACGUCCAUGUGAUCGAUUUUGCUUUCCCAGAGGAAGCAAUCCCAAAGGUAAUGCCUAGAGGUCUUUGGAAAGCGUUGAUAACCGGGAGAAAAAAUGGAGAGGAAGUAAUUUCUUACUACGUACUCGUGAAAGCAUAUGAUGAUUUCUAA